AUGUUGUUAUUUGACAUAUUUGUUCUUUACUUGGUUAUAAUCAAACAAAUCGAACAUUUAUUAGUUUACCAAGCAAAAUUCGGUUUACGAAGUCCAGUUUUUCAUGCAUUUUUAUCAAAUUUAUCAAAAUUUGUUGAUCAUAAUUUUAGUCUUGGAACAGUACUUUUACCAUUUUUUCUUUCAUUUCUUCAAUUUUCUACAUGUUCUAAUUCAUCAAUACAAUUUUAUGAACAUAUUGCAGCAUCAAAAACUUUAGAACGUAUUGAUCCUAGUUUACGUGAUGCAUGUAUCAAUAUACAACAUUUAACUCGUAUUGCAAUGAAUACAAUACUUAGUCAUUAUCAUGUAUGUGAAACACCACCAUUUGAUGUAACUGGUAGUGGUCUUAGUGGAAGAAUUACACCGAAAGUAGCUGGAUCAAGAAGAGGAUCACCAAGACCAUUUCAUGAUAUAAGUGAAAUAGAAUUAAAGGAAUUAGGUGGACGAUAUGAUUUAGAAGUUAAACAAAAUAGUGGAACAUCAAGUACAACUGGUGGUGUUAAUUCAAAUACAUCAACUGGUAUAGCACCAUCAUUAUCAUCAAGGGUUCCAACAGAUAAAUUAAUUGAACUUGAUGUUAAAAGUAUUACAGGAAUCAAAGAACUUUCACGUGUUCUUUAUUCAGUUGAACGUGGUAAACUUGAAACUGUUUUACUUAAACCUGAUAGUAGUAGUGGAAUAAAAGAAGAAAGUUCACCAAAAACACCUAAAGUAACAUCAUUAUCAUCAUCAACAUUGGCUAGUAUGGGUGGUACAGGAACAGGUGGAAAAUUAAAACCAAAUUAUUAUAGUAAAAAACCUAAACAUAAAGAUGAUACAAAUGUUCGAUCACCACCAUUAAGUCGUCCAACACGUACAUCAUCAUCUCAAGGUUAUAUUAAAAAUGUUGGUGUUAUAUCAACAACAGCAACAGCUAAACGAGCAACAACAACAACAAAUGAUGAAUUAGAUAAGUCGGAUGAGCGUAUCUCAGUCAAAGUUCAACGUUAA